AUGGAAAGGUAUAAAAUUUUGAAAGAGCUCGGACAUGGUUCUUGCGGUCAUGUAUAUAAAGCCCGUGAUAUGAGAACUUUUGAGAUUGUUGCUGUCAAACGGUUGAAAAGAAAAUUUUGCUUUUGGGAAGAAUACACAAAUUUAAGAGAAGUAAAGGCCCUCCGUAAAAUGAAUCACCCAAAUAUCAUAAAGUUGAGAGAAGUUGUUAAAGAAAAUAAUGAACUCUUUUUAAUUUUUGAAUACAUGGAUUGUAAUCUUUACCAAUUAAUAAAAGAGAAAGAAAAACCCUUUACAGAGGAAGAGAUACGAUGCUUUAUGAAGCAGGUGCUCCAUGGACUUAGUCACGUGCACAAGAAAGGAUUCUUUCAUCGGGAUUUAAAACCUGAAAAUUUGCUGGUGACAAAUGAUGUUCUUAAAAUUGCUGAUUUUGGACUGGCUAGAGAAGUAUUAUCAAUGCCUCCAUAUACUCAAUAUGUUUCCACACGGUGGUACAGAGCUCCUGAAGUUUUGUUGCAGUCCGCAUGUUACACUCCUGCUGUUGACAUGUGGGCUAUUGGUGCUAUAUUAGCCGAGCUUUUUACUUUGACCCCCAUAUUUCCUGGUGAAAGUGAAAUAGAUCAACUGUACAAAAUAUACUGCAUUCUUGGUAUGCCAGAUUCAACUUGUUUCACCGUGGAUGCAAACAACUCUAGGCUAUUGAACUUUGUAGGCCAUGGAGUUGUUCCGCCUAUGAAGCUUUCUGAUAUCAUUCCAAAUGCUAGCAUGGAAGCUAUUGAUUUGAUCACACAAUUGUUAUCAUGGGACCCAUCUAGAAGGCCAGAUGCGGAUCAGUCACUGCAACAUCCUUUUUUCCAUGUGCAUACAAGGGUUCCUCGUUCACUCGGUGAUCCACUUGAGCUGAAGCUGAGUAACAAGAGGGCAAAGCCAAAUCUUGAGUUGAAAUUGUAUGAUUUUGGCCCUGAUCCCGAUGAUUGUUUUCUUGGCUUGACAUUGGCUGUAAAGCCCAGCGUUUCAAACUUAGAUGUGGUUCAAAAUGCAUCGCGUGGUAUGGGAGAGAAUAUGCUAUUUUGCUCGAAUUUUAAUGAUCAUCCAGAUCAAUCAGUUUUUUGGUCAUUAUUACCUCCUGAUCAGAAUGGAGUUCACAACUCGGCAGAGACUUCAUUAUCAUUGUCAUUUGGAUCUGUUCAACACCAGCCGAUUGGAAUUCCACAGACAGCGGGGUUUUCUUUUCAGCCUUUGCAGCCUAACAUCUUAACUACACCAUUUUUGACACCGCCUUCUCCGUUCCAGCGCCGACAUUGCCUUUGA